AUGGCGCCCACCACCACCACCACAACGGGCGUUGGACAAAUGAACGACCCACGUAGAGGCUAUUUAGCUAGUCCCAACAACUCGUUUGAUCAAUCGUUGCGCCUCGGACAAACAACGAGGCCGCCUGUGCUUCACCAUACUUCGUUCCCAACUUCGAGCGGCCGGCUUGGAGUUUCGGCGCAUCCUCCGCCGGUCGAUGGACCAUUUUCUGGCGGUACUGGUUUUGGACAAUCGAAUUCCCUUUCUCCACUAGGAAGCGAUCCUUGGUCCACUUCUUCCUCAAAAGCACCCGUUUAUACUCCCCCGCGACAGCCUUCUCUUCUAUCUCACUCGUUUGAUAGCCACAACGAAUUCAUCAUCCCACGGAUUGAGGAUCCAAGUAUUGGGAAUGUAUCUCUAGCGGCGUCAUCUUCCAACGUUUCACGGAACCCGUCCGCUAGGCCAGGGUCAAGUUCAUCGUCCGAUUCAGCAGUGCAUUCACAAUUGAGACAAAGCACCGGGAACGGUAGUAGUAGCAGUAGCAGUAGUAACGGGCUAUUCAUCUAUGACACUCACGCUCCGUCUCUCCGUACCUUCCAACUCACCACUCCAUCCGCUCCGCCAUCUCCCACGCCCAACCCUGCACAACAAUCACACUCUUCGGUUUCCCCUGCAAAACCUCAUGCAUGCAAAACGUGCGGAGCGACGUUCCAAAGGGGUCAUGACUGUCACGGCACAUCAAGAGCCACGAUCACCCCCGAUAUUAUUGCCAAGGGUGUGGAAAGGUUUACUCUAGGCAAGAUAGCGUGA